AUGUGCCUGCAGCACCGGGGUGAACCGUCACAGCAGCGGAUCCGUUUCGUUGCGGCCACGCGGCAGCGCAACAGUGCCAGGGAUCCUACCUUGUUGGACUUCCUUCCAUACCACUUCCUCCUGGUCAGUGCAGGAGAUCGAGGUGAUCUCACCUGGCGCGACAUCACCCAUGGCACCGAGGUGGCCGAGCAUCGGACGAAGAUGGGCCCGGCCACGUGCUUGCGGCAGAACCCCAAGAAUGCCGUGAUGCACUUGGGCCACGACAAGGGCAGCGUGACCUUGUGGACUCCGACCAUUAAGGAGCCAGUGGUGAAGAUGGCCUGUCACAACGCCAAGGUGACUGCGCUGGCAGUGACUGGCAACUACAUGGUCACUGCUGGCGCAGAAGCAAAGUGGAAGGUUUGGGAUCUGCGCACCUACAAGGAGCUUCACAGCUACUACAGGCAGCACGGCCAUGGUGUCAACAGCAUGGAUGUGUCCAUGACUGGGAUGCUGGCCAUGUGCUGUGGCGGCUUUUUCGAAGCCGCUGGACCUGGAAAGGGCCGCGUGGAGGGCACGACCAUGGCAUUCCUGAAGUCUCUCACACUCCUCGCGCAGUUUGGCAUGGCUGUGUCUUUGGCACCAGGAGAUUGUGCCUUCGUGGGCAUCUAUGGUGAGAAGGAUGACUUCGCCAUCCUCUUGAUGGAGGACGCCGAUGGAGAGAAGAUCACCCUGACGGACGGAAGCUUCAAGAACAAGGACUUUCAGUCCAGCCAGCGUGCUCAAGCCAAGGAGCACGUGAAAGAGGCGGCCAAGGGCACGGUCCUGAGGAAGUGGGAUUUCCAGACGGAGGACGGUUGGUCUUUCGCUGCUCCUUUGGCUUUGACCAUCUACAAGGGAAGCGCAUCAUCUCCUACCCCAUUGUGUGGCGUCAACUUGGAUGGGAAGGCAGGCAACGUGAUGGUUCGCAGGCUGAAUGAUGAGGUGGCCGCCCUGAAUUUGGGUGAGACCGAGACUGCUCAAUAUGCUGGACCCAUGAUUGGCAGCAAGGAAGAGCUUUUCGAUGGCAUCAGCAACCCCAUGAACUGGCUGCGAGAUGCGGGAGCUGUGCGCAAACUCUCGGGCUUCAGCAUCGCCAUGGGCUCGAACAGCACCACCAGCAUGACCUCAAGCACCAUGGGGAACACCACUGAGACGACCUCGACCACUUCCACAAUUGAUUCCGGGGAGGCCGAUGGCGCUGUGCAUGCUGCCGCAGCUGCGGGCUUGAUCCUUUCAUUGGCUUGGAUCAUGUGA